AUGGAUGAGGUACUAGUGCAAACAACCAAGAGCAGGAGGAUCCGUAUGGUAGAAAGAAAACCAGAAAAAGAAGUGUUGAUAAACCCAAAACGAAACAUCUUGAAGCAAGAGCUAUUGGACCUAACCGCUUUAAAGUUCACCAGUUAUCGUGGAGUGACUACGAGGAAGAUGAUUUCUAUCCUUAUAGAUAGUUGGGAUUUAGUGGAUCAAUGUGACAAGGAUCAAUUGUGGUUGAACAUAAAGAAUUAUUGGCAUAUACGAGAUGAUAAUCAUAAAGCACAAGUACUUAGAGAUUGCAACACGCAAUGGAAGGCCUACAAGUCGGCGCUUCUUAAGUUGUGGGAAAAAGGUGUCAAUCCAGUAAAAGAAUACCCGUACCUUGACAAAGCAAUGUGGAAAAAGUUUAUUGUUCUAAAAUCCACGGAAGAAUUUGAGGAAUUAAGAAGAAAAGGAAGGGAGGCAGCAAAUAAAAACAAGAAACCAUCCUCGGUUGGGCCCAAGCGGGUAUCGUGGAGAAAACGCAAUGCAUCGGGGCAGUUGGUUAUAACGCCAGAGACCGAACCUCUAGCAGAUAAGAUUAUCCAAAAAGAUAUUCUGUUAUCUCAAGGAGUGUUGGAGCUUGGACCUCGAUCUGAUCUACUGGCGGAGGUACUAGGACGGGAACAUUCCGGUCGCACGAGGGCAGUUGGUCAUAAUUCGGAUUAA